GAGAGAGAGAGAGAGAAAGCACUUCCCUGACUUAGCCUGAGCCUCACUAGGGAGAGGAGCACUCUUCACUCAGCUCUUGGAGCUUUCUGUUGCUUCCCCGCCCAUAUUCCGCUGUCAGCAGUGCUGGCAAAGUUGGCCUCAAAUGUGAACUGAGCUGAAGGCUCCAGCUUCCUGGAGUGUUUUGAAGGCAGCAGACAGCAUCCAAACUCACCUUCCUGAAGAAGCUGAGCCUCCCAGUCCCCAGAUGGCCACUGCUUCCCCAAGAAGCCGCUCCAGUCUCUGAGCUGUGGACUCCUGCCAGACUGAGGAAUGGUGCACUGAGGUUCCUCUGAAGCCCUUUGUUAUAGCUUGGACUUGGAGCAGCCCAAGGGCCAGACCAACAUGGCCAACCCUGUGCUGCCUCAGUUUCCCCCAAUGCAGGAGUCGGGCACCGCUGCCUCCCCUCUGGAACUGCCUGAGAUGCAGAAGCUCCUUACCCAGGUGGAGGUCAAAGAUGACAAGCCCCUGAAGCUGUCUAAGUCCCUCUCGGGGACUCUGGACAUGGAACACAAUGGCCACGGCCUGCCUUUCAAAGUGGCAUCUGGGGGUCAUCAGGAUGCCCCAUUGUCCAGGUCGCUCUCUCGGGUCAGCUCAAGGCGAGCAUCCUCCAUUGUCUCAGCCUCUGAUGCCCAGGACCGAGAAGCCCCCAAGGAUUACCUCAUCCUCGCCAUUGCCUCUUGCUUCUGUCCCGUCUGGCCCCUCAACCUCAUCCCCCUCAUCUUUUCCAUCAUGUCUCGAAGUAGCGUGCAGCAAGGAGACAUAGAUGGUGCCCGGAGGCUGGGCCGCCUUGCCCGGCUGCUCAGCAUCACCUUCAUCAUCAUGGGGAUCGUCAUCAUUGUCGUGGCUGUGACUGUCAAUCUUGCAGGUGAGGCUGGGUGCAGAGAGAGGAGCAAGCCAGCUUGUUUGGCAUUGGGAAUGGGUGAUGUGGGCUACUUAGGUGAGGGAGGAUUUUGGCUUUUUAAUCAAUUAGCCUGUGCCAGCUCAAAAUCUAGGUCCUCCCUUUUCUGUUCAUCUGCACUGAAACAAACUCCGUUUUGUCUCUCAGACUGAUGGACAUGGAAGCAUGUGAGAGCAGCAGCCCUCUAGGCCAGGGUAUUGGCUUUAGUCACCAUGUAAUACCAGGGUCUCCUUUGUCUUCCUCAGCUUUUUAAAAUUUAUUUAUUUAUUCCCUUUUGUUGCCCUUGUUGUUGUUUAUUGUUGCAGUUAUUAUUGUUGUUGUUGGCUAGGACAGAAAGAAGUUGAGAGAGGAGGGGGAAGACAG